CGUUACGAGUUUGCCGUUUGGGCGCCAUUUUCGAGUGUGGAAGCCGCCAAGGCUGCAGGCAGGAAGCGAGCGGAGGGAGCAAGCUCUGAAGGGAGGCGCAGGACGAUUGAUUGUUUGGAAUUUGAACAGCCAACAGAAAUCAUGCCAAGCAAAAGAAAUAAAGUGUCUACAGCAGUCCAACGUAAAAGCAAUGAACCAUUGGAGGAAUCCUCUAAUGACGGGGAACCUGAAGCCAAUAGACAUGUGACUGGACUACCCCAGCAAGCAGUCUCAGACGAAGUAGUUGACAAUCGAAGUUUGGAAGAGAUUUUGAGUAGCAUCUCUCCUCCCCCACCUCCAGCAAUGACCAAUGAAGCUGGAGCUCCUCGUCUCAUGAUAACUCACAUUGUAAACCAGAACUUCAAAUCUUAUGCUGGGGAGCAAAUUCUAGGACCGUUUCAUAAGCGUUUUUCAUGCAUUAUUGGACCAAAUGGCAGUGGAAAGUCUAAUGUGAUUGAUUCCAUGCUCUUUGUUUUUGGUUAUCGAGCACAAAAAAUAAGAUCCAAAAAGCUUUCAGUACUGAUACAUAACUCUGAUGAACAUAGUGAUAUUCAGAGCUGCACUAUAGAAGUUCACUUUCAGAAGAUCAUUGACAAGGAAGGGGAUGAUUAUGAAGUCAUUCCCAAUAGCAAUUUCUAUGUCUCCAGAACAGCCUACAAAGAUAAUUCUUCAGUAUACCAUAUCAGUGGAAAGAAAGCAACAUUUAAAGAUGUAGGGUUGUUGCUCCGGAGUCAUGGAAUUGAUCUAGAUCAUAAUAGGUUUUUGAUUUUACAGGGGGAAGUUGAACAAAUAGCAAUGAUGAAAGCAAAAGGACAGAAUGAACACGAUGAAGGCAUGCUUGAAUAUUUAGAAGAUAUAAUAGGAUCAGGACGGUUAAAAGAGCCUAUUCAAAUACUGUGUCGAAGAGUUGAGAUAAUAAAUGAACAGAGAGGUGAAAAGCUGAACAGAGUUAAAAUGGUGGAAAAAGAAAAAGAUGCCUUAGAAGGAGAACGGAACAAAGCACUUGAAUUCCUGUCUUUGGAGAACAAAAUGUUCAAAGAAAAGAAUAAAAUAUGUCAAUACUACAUUCAUGAAUUACAGAAACAAAUAACUGAACUGGAAACACAGAAGGCUAAAAUACAUGAAGAAACUAAAGAAGUUAAUGAGAAAAGCAGCAAACUGGCAGAUGAAAUGAAAGAUAAGAAAUCAGCCCUAAAAGACGUGGAAAAAAAACUUAAUAAAAUCACAACAUUUAUAGAAGAAAACAAAAAUAAGUUUACACAGCUGGAUUUGGAAGAUGUUCAAGUAAGGGAACAACUAAAGCAUGCGAAGAGCAAGUCAAAAAAACUGGAAAAGCAGCUUGUGAAAGAUAAAGAAAAGGUUGAAGACUUGAGAAGUGUUCCAGCUAAUAGUGAGUCUACCAUCAAAGAAGCAACAACAAACAGAGAAGUUCUAGAAAAAGAAAAGGAAAAAGUAGAAGAAAAACUCAAAAAAGUUAUGGAUAGCCUUAAACAAGAAACCCAAGGAUUGCAGCAAGAUAAAGAGAACAAAGAAAAAGAACUCAUGGAAUUUAGCAAAACAGUUAAUGAAGCACGUUCAGAUUUCGAUGUGGCAAAAUCUGAACUUGAUAUUUAUCUUAGUCGUCAUAAUAUUGCAGUAUCUCAGUUGGAAACUGCGAAAGGAGCUCUACAAACUGCUUCAGGAACACUUAAGGAAAGGACAGCUGCUAUCAAAGAAUUGGAGUCAAAAUUACCUCAAGCUGAACAUGAUCUAAAGAAGAAAGAGAAUGAACUUGAAAAACUUGUGAAAGAAGAAGCAAAUAUAAAAACUUUGGUUCAAGAUCUGCGUCAAAAAGUGGAAGAAGCCAGAAGCUCAUUGGCAGUAAAUAAAAGUCGAGGGAAAGUUCUUGAAGCUUUAAUGCAGCAGAAGAAAUCUGGAAACAUUCCUGGAAUAUAUGGAAGACUGGGUGAUUUAGGUGCAAUAGAUGAAAAGUAUGAUGUUGCAAUUUCCUCAUCAUGUUGGGCACUCGACCACAUAGUUGUUGAUACAAUUGAUACCGCUCAAGAAUGUGUUAAUUUCUUAAAGAAGCAAAACAUUGGAGUGGCAACUUUUAUAGGCCUUGACAAGAUGGCAGUGUGGGAGAAAAGCAUGGGCAAAAUUCAGACUCCUGAAAAUACUCCACGCCUGUUUGACAUGAUAAAAGUUAAAGAUGAGAAGAUUCGCCAAGCUUUUUAUUUUGCGGUCCGGGAUACUUUGGUAGCAGAUAACCUGGAUCAAGCUACCAGAGUUGCAUUCCAGAAAGACAAGAGAUGGAGAGUAGUAACCCUGCAAGGACAAAUAAUAGAACAGUCGGGGACAAUGACUGGUGGUGGUGGAAAACCAAUGAAGGGUAGAAUGGGAUCCUCAGUUGUAGUUGAAACAUCAGAAGAUCAGGUAAAUGAAAUGGAAUCUCAGCUUCAAAAGAACUCCCAAAAAGCAAAACAAUAUCAGGAAUGUAAAGUGCAGCUGGAGGAAGAGAUAUUAAAAUUGUGUCAGAGUGUCAGAGAAAUGAGGAACACUUUAGAAAAGUACAGUGCAAGUAUUCAGAGUUUGUCAGAGCAAGAAGCUCACUUAAAAAUUCAAGUUAAAGAAUUUGAAGGGAAUGUAAUUGCUGCAGCUCCAGAUAAAAUCAAGCAAAAAGACAUGGAGAAAAAGUGUAAUAAGUUCAAAGAAGAGUAUGAUCGGGUUGCUGCAAAGGCUGAUAAACUGGAAACAGAAGUUAAAAGACUACAUAAUCUCAUAGUUGAAAUUAACAAUAAAAAACUUAAAACUCAGCAAGAUAAUCUUGAUAAAAUAAAUAAGGAAAUAGAUCAGUGUACUUCUGCUAUUACCAAAGCUCAGGUGGCCAUCAAGACAGCAGACAGAAACUUGAAAAAAUCAGAGGAUGCCGUGCUUCGCACUGAGAAAGAAAUUGAAGAGAAUAAAAAGAACUUACAAGAAUUAAUGGAACAGCUGACUGCACUGGAAGAAAGAGCUGAUGUAGUUAUGAAUGACAGCAAAAAAGCUGAAGAGGCUUUACCAGAGAUCCAAGAGGAGCAUCGCUCUGUGCUUCAGAAGAUUAAAGCUAUCCAAGAAGAAGAGCAUUUGAUUCAAAAAGAGGCUCUGAGCAUUAGACUUAAAAUGGAACAAUUAGACAGUCAUGUUGCUGAGCAUCAAUCCAAGAUUAAGUAUUGGCAAAAAGAGAUAUUGAAAAUAUCUUUGCAUCCCACGGAAGACAAAGAAGCGGAAGAACUUCCUGUGCUCAGUCAAGAUGAACUUGAAGCUAUUAAAGAUCCCAAUAUUAUUAAAAAUCAGAUAGCUCUUCUAGAAGCCGAGUGUCAUGAAAUGAAACCAAACUUGGGUGCAAUUGCUGAAUAUAAUAAAAAGGAAGAGCUGUAUUUAAAACGUGUGGCAGAGUUGGACGAAAUUACCAAUGAGAGAGACCGAUUUAGAGAAGCUUAUGAAGAACUUAGAAAAAAUAGACUUAAUGAAUUUAUGACUGGGUUUAAUGUGAUAACAAAUAAACUAAAGGAAAACUAUCAAAUGCUUACAUUAGGAGGAGAUGCAGAGCUGGAGCUUGUAGAUAGCCUGGAUCCUUUCUCUGAAGGAAUCGCAUUCAGUGUCCGGCCACCAAAGAAAAGUUGGAAGAAGAUCUUUAACUUGUCAGGUGGAGAGAAAACACUAAGCUCACUGGCUUUGGUUUUUGCUCUGCAUCAUUAUAAGCCAACUCCUCUCUAUUUCAUGGAUGAAAUCGAUGCAGCUCUUGAUUUUAAAAAUGUAUCUAUUGUUGCAUUUUAUAUAUACGAGCAAACCAAAAAUGCACAGUUCAUCAUUAUUUCACUGCGAAACAACAUGUUUGAAAUUGCAGACAGAUUAAUUGGCAUUUACAAGACAUACAAUACAACAAAAAGUGUUGCAACAAAUCCCAAAGUGAUUGCAUCAAAAGGACUCACUGAACUUGAUUCUAUAGGGUGCGUCUGAUUGUGAAACUUACCUUCAUUUUACCAAGUAGAAGUUCUAGUGAACAUUUCUCAAUAUUUAACAUCAGUUCAUUGUAAGUAGUUUUUAAUUUUUGUCUGAGACUUUUCUUCUCUAAGGACGCUAAGCUCUUCAGUUCUUAAUUUACUGUUUAACCAGCAUAUUUGUAUACUGUUUUGAUAAGAAAAAUUAUUUUUAAAAACCUUUAUACUGAUUUUAUUUAUGUUCUCAAAUAAAAUGUAAGCUAGUGUACUGUU